AUGGCCAACUCAACUUUGAGAGGUGCGAAAUCUAUACACGGUGGUAAUCCACAGUACCUCAUAGAAAAAGUAAUUCGAGCUAGGAUAUACGAUUCUCUCUAUUGGAAAGAACAGUGUUUCGCUCUAACCGCCGAGUCGAUAAUAGAUAAAGCAAUAGCAUUGAAAUCUAUAGGAGGAGUUACAGAUCGUAAUACCCCUACACCAUUCAUCUCACUCACCUUGAAACUGUUGCAACUUCAACCUGAGAAAGAGAUUCUGAUAGAGUAUCUACUGGCAGAGGAAUUCAAAUAUCUACGAGCACUAGCUGCAUUCUACAUACGUCUUACGUUCCGUUCCAUGGACAUCUACGAAAUACUAGAACCGUUGAUGAAAGAUUAUAGGAAAUUGAGAGUAGCUCAUUCAGGUGGAUACUCAUUGACGUACUUUGACGAAUUCAUAGAUGAUCUCCUGACGAAGGAGAGAGUAUGUGAUAUCAUCUUACCUCGUCUGACACAGCGGAGUGUAUUGGAAGAGACCGAGGGGUUGGAACCUAGAAAAAGUUUAUUGGAGGAAGAAGAGGAAGAGAAGGAAGCCCGUUCAGACGCAUCGUCGCAGCGAUAUAUCUCUCGUUCUCCCUCGCCUGACUUACGCCGUGCAAGAUCAAGAUCACGGUCACGAUCUAUAUCUUCAGAUGGAUCAGAUAGGAACAGGUAUAUAUCCAGAUCACCUUCUCGAUCCAGAUCAAGAUCAAGAUCGAUCGAUAGUGGUGAAGAGGGUGAUACGAGGGAUAGGUACAUCAGUAGGAGUCCGUCAGUAUCACCUGAUAGAAUGUUGGUGGAUCAGGAAGAAGAUGAUGAGAGAUUAGAAGGGGAUGUGUAA